UUUGUGUCGUUCCGUCGGUUUGUGAGUGAGCAGUUCGGUCCUGUCCGCGAUCUUGUACUGUGCGGCGUCACACAGAGACCUUCAAAAUGAAUACUAUAGUUUGUUUCUUCCAGUGGCUCCCGCAUAAUUACAACUACCGCGCUGGUGUCAUGACCGUAUUUAAUAUCGAGUCUCAUGAUCUCGUUUCUCUCAGAAUAGACAGACGCAACAACACUGUAAUCUUUAAUGUAGCGUCUCAAGAAACCUUUAACCGUUUGUCACAGUUUUGUCGUGGUAUUUUGUUUUUCCCUAUACUAGGUCACUAUAUACUGGAGUGCUUUGCUUUGCCUGCAAGCCCCAGGUUGAGAGUGCUUAAACUGUCAGGUUUGUCAAGUCCUGAUGUGAUACAUUCUCUGAAUGGGUUUCUGUCCGAAAUAGGGACAGUCUUGUAUCAACGUCCUCUGAGAUUCUCUGUUCCUUUAUUAUCAAUCUAUCGAUCUGAUUGUAUCGGAGUGGUUUUACUUUCAAAAGAAAAAGCCGAGAACGAAACUAAUUAUGCCAUUACCACACCUAGUAUCUGUCGCAGUCCUGGAAAUGGGCAAGAAAAUCAGCAACCUGUGAGACCAGCGUCGUAUGUACCAGUUGCCGGAACCAGUAGUGGAGGCACCACAUACAACGUUCCGGCAGGAAACGCAUCUUACGGCUUGCCGAGUAGCUACGGUGUUCCUGGAUAUUUAUUCUACCACGGAAUUGGAAUACUACAACAAGCAGAUCCCUAUCAGUACCAAGGAGUACGAAUCAGCAACUUGCAAGCUAAUGAGGCACAUCCAUACAGGCAGAACUCUAGAUGGUACCGCAGUCAGUUUAACUAUGGAGAGCAUUCUGGUGCAUCUGGUCUUUCCUACCCACCCCAGGUGCCAAUACAGGACGAAUACACUGUUCAGGAACCAACAUCAACAGAUGGAGAACCUACAGAGAUGCCAGUAGAAGACCAAAAUCAAGGAGCCUCAUCAGAUGAACAGGAACAAGAAUAAAGAAUCUGCAUGUUUAUCAAGAAGUUUCAUCAAAGUUUCUAAAUAUACAAUGAAAUACAAAGCAUUCUAAUUCAAUAAGGGAUACUCUAUACAGACCAUUUUGUUAUCAAAAGCAUAAAUCCUUAUUAAGCCAGUAAUAGAUACUCUGAAUAAUUGUUUGUUUACCUUAAAAACAUCAUUGCUUAGUAAUUAACUUUGAUUCCAAGUUGCAACAAAGCAUGUAAAAAAAAACCUCUCUUAUAGAAUGAUGUAUAAGAAGAAUUACAAAAUUAUUAAUACUGAAAUUAAUUGUUACUCAAUAUUAAUUGCUCAAAAUACACAGUAUACAGAGGAGAAAACGAAAUUAGUUUUCAUAUGUGUAGCCUAAAUAUAUUGAUCUCAUAGCAUUUAGAUGUAAAGUGUAUCAUAUUUAUGAUAUAUAAAGACAAUAAUUUGAUAAUUUAAUUUGCAAGUUUAUUAUUACAUUAUUAAUUUCGCAGUACUCAUACUAAUAGUCCAUUUAUCUCAUUUAUGGAUAUUUAUUAACUUAAUUAGUGCAUUGAUUAAUUGUUACCAUGUUCAAUAGAGUCAUAAUUUUGUGAAUUUCCAUAUGAAUAUGAGGACUGAAUCAUUCUUCAGACAAACAAGCUGUGUUUAUUAAGUGUUGUAUUAAUCUCAGUACUAAAGUUAAACUAAUUCAUAAUGCAUGUGGAUUACCUUGUUAUGUCCAGUUACCAAUUUUGAGCAGAACACUGAGGUUUUAUCACACAUUUACUUGUGAUAAGAAAGUGUAUUUUAAGAUUUGUGAAAUAGCAAUAGGAAAUAAACUAGACAAACAGUUGUCUAAAUUUAUAUAUUCUUAUAGUACCCAUUGCUGUAUUUAAGUUUUGUAACGAAAUAUUUUUAUACAUUUUGUAAUGAAUUAAAAUUAAGCUUAAUUACUAUAUGAAUUUAAUAUUUACUAUAAUAUUUUAUGUGGCCAGAUGUUAUAGUUUUAUGUACAAGACUGUCAUACUAAACUAUUUCCAAUUGUCAAUAUCGUUGUGAAUAUCUGUGACAUUUGGAACAAAAAAUGUAUAAAUUGUAGAAGAAGACUUUUUUACAACUGACUACGAAUGAUACCAACAUAAGAGUAUGAUCAAUCUAUAACACAUUAUUUCUAUGUCUGUGCAAACUGUUUAUUAUUUGUAGGUUAUAUUUCAAAAUAAAGAUAUACACUGUUGAAGUAC